AUGGCUCUCUCGCGAGCUGACCUCGAAUCCCUCGUGGCUGUUCACGUUCGAGAGCCCAUUCCAGCCGACACCCUCACCACUGCUUUCAACUCUAAACCUUUCGUCCCUACUGAAUCGAUUAUCAAUCUCCGCGAUCUAGGAGCUGUUCCUGGUAGCGCCAUACGUCCUGGGCAUAUCUUCCGUUCUGGAAUGCUCGACGCCGCAGCCGCCGACCCAGAGGCUAUGGCUUGGCUCGCUGCCAACGUCAAGACUGUUUUUGAUCUUCGCAGCAAGGAAGAGCGAGCUGCGUAUCCAGGCCCAAAAAUACCCGGUGUCAAGUUUGUCUUCUGCGAGCGUGUUGCUGAAUACCCUCAGCCUAGUCCCGCCGACUUUUCUGUUGAUGACGGCAGCACUGCUUGGAGGGUGCAGCUGAUGGCUGUCCUAGCGGCGUACAAACCUUCUAUCCGAGCUGUCCUCGAGCACGUGAGGGAUAAACCGAACGAGCCCUUUCUUUUUCACUGCACUGCUGGCCGUGACCGCACAGGCGUCAUGGCAGGGCUCCUUCAGACCCUUGCCGGUACCAAGCAAGAAGACGUCAUUUUUGAUUACAUGCUAUCACGAAUCGGAAUUGAGCCAGCCCGCGAGCGUCUACUCGUGUUCAUCUUGGCAAACAUUGAUGUGAAGGACACUGAAGAGCCUGGCUUUUGGAACAUGGUUAGCCUACGCCCGAGCUUUUGGAAGGCUUUUGUUGAAGCUGUUGAAGCCGAGUAUGGAGGAUGCGGUGGCUACGUGAAGGGCCUUGGGUUCUCAACCAAGGAUUUGGAGACGAUCAAGAAGAACUUGCGGGCUUAA